AUGUCACCAAUGUGCAGGUUUGAGUAUAACCUUGUCCUGCAAGACCUCCAGGCACCGCCUAUCACCCUCACCCGCUGCGAACGCCUCACGUUCUACAGCCCACAAGAGGAACUAAAGAAGAAGCUGCUGGCAGCAGGAGGCGUCAGCCUCACACCCUACGCUAGAGCCGCGCCUCUACUUGCCCCUUACAGCCCACAAGAGGGACUAAAGAAGAAGCUGCUGGCAGCAGGAGGCGUCAGCCUCACACCCUACGCUAGAGCCGCGCCUCUACUUGCCCCUUACAGCCCACAAGAGGAACUAAAGAAGAAGCUGCUGGCAGCAGGAGGCGUCAGCCUCACACCCUACGCUAGAGCCGCGCCUCUACUUGCCCCUGGUGCAGCGUCCCAGGCGGACGUAGCAACGAGCGAGAAGCGCCUGCCACUGCUGAACCCGGCCCCACUCGCCGCCCCUCAUAACAAGACAUCCGAGCGCAAGACGGCCAAGCGCGUAACUUACAAGUUCCCAGUCUGGCCUGCAGAACCUCAACUAGCUUCACUUGCCAGCGCUAGUGAGGAUGCUGACCUAGCGACCCAGGAUCAGAAUGUGACGCAUGCUUUCACCGAGAUUUUCGGCGAACCCCUGAAGCUCCACCGACCCUCCGUUGAUUCCAAGUCUUCCGUCACCAGAGCGGCCAAUAUCCCCCAUGCUGCCUCAAACACGUCUUUUGGCACCUGCAAGUCUUAUUCCAAGUCUCUUGUCACCAGAGCGGCCAAUAUCCCCCAUGCUGCCUCAAACACGUCUUUUGGCACCCGUGAGUCUUAUCCGAAAGUAAAGGGCGGUUGUUCUUUCAAAACCCGCGAUGAAGAUGAGCUUAAAAAGAACAAGCAUACCGACAAGAAAGAGAGAAAAUUAAAGGACAUCUUCAUAGAGCUUUUUGGCGAAGACAGCGAUGAGGAAAAAGAAAAAUCUAAACGGCCCAGGAAAGAUGCCUAUGUCCUUCCAGCUGCCGCUCACACGUCUCUGGGGGCCUGGAAGUCCUGUUCUACUGUCACAACAAAUAGUUCUUCCAAAUCUCUUGAUAUAGAAGUAUUGAAAGAGAACGAACAUACCAAAAAGAAAAAAAGGAAUUUGAAGAACAUCUUCAAGGAGCUUUUUGGGGAAGAUAGUGACGAGGAAGAAAUGUUCAAACGCCCCAGCAGGAAGGAUACCAAUAUUGCCAUUUCUCACAGCACGUCCCUGGGUCCCUGCAUGUCCCAUUCUGCAGUCAAGACCGAUCGUUCUUCUAAUUUCUUUUCAUUUCAUCAGGAUCAGAAAUUGUCGAACGCCGUCAUCGAGCUUUCUGGCGAACUCCUGAAGCUCACCCAAACCCAGGCAAGCGCCUUAGAAGCCAAGACCUCCGUCACCAGAGCUGUCAAUAGCGCCCGUGAUGCCGCAAAUGCUUUUCUGGUUGCCUGGCACUCUGAUCCUUCAGUCAUGCUGGAAUGUUAUUCCAAACCUCCUUUUGAAGGAAGAACAGAAUCUCGCGACAAGAAGAAGAGGAAAUUAUCGGAGCUUUUUGGCGAAGACCGCGAUGAGGAAGCAGUAAGACUGAAACAUCCUAGGAAGGAUGACAGCAAAUCUGCAGACAAGGGAAAGUGUGGCAAGAGUAACACGCGUAACAAAUCCCACAGAAUCUUAGCAUCUUCAUUGAGGCGACCGGCAUCGCCAACAAAACAAGAAAUCUUGCGCGCGGUCUUCGGCAUGUCAUCAGGGUGCUGUAGUGAGCUGGACACGGGUGCCUCGACCUGUACUGAAGAAAGCCCUGGCUAUAUUUAA